AUGAAAUUUGCGAAAGCGAAACUAUCCAUCUACGAAAAAUCCGUGAAGGCGAAAUUUAUCAAUAAUUACAAUUCACUUACUGCCUUUAUCUUCAAUCCAGAUCGCGUUGUGCAAACUAACCUCCCGAUUAAAUUACUAGAAAAUAAAACAUCAAUUAUUGAUGACCUUUGUCAGCCGGUUGAUGAAGGAAAUCUUUCGAACGGUGGAGCUACAGAUUUCAAGUUAACUGAUGAUGUGAUUGCAGAAAUGAACAAGCUGUGGCAACAAAUGGAAGUUUCUGAGAAGUGGAAACCUUUGGUUAUACGUACUGCGGCAUCCACAUCAUCUGAAUCAUCAAAUGACAUGACAGUACAUGAUAGGAAAAUCCUACGUGCUAGAGAAAAUUUGGAGAAAUAA